GUAUUUGAAUAAGGAAGAUGGCGGCUGCAGCAGUGGUUGAGUUUCAGAGAGCUCAGUCUCUCAUCAGCACGGACCGAAACGCCUCUAUCGACAUCCUCCAUUCAAUAGUGAGACGAGAUGUUCAGGAGAACGACGAAGAGGCCGUCAGGGUCAAAGAACAAAGCAUCCUGGAGCUGGGGACGCUCCUGGCAAAAACAGGACAAGCUGCUGAGCUUGGGGGUUUGUUGAAAUUCGUCAGGCCUUUCCUGAUUUCCAUCAGUAAAGCCAAGGCAGCCCGGCUCGUCCGCUCCCUGCUGGACCUCUUCCUCGACAUGGAGGCGGCCACGGGGCAGGAGGUGGAGUUGUGUCUCGAAUGCAUCGAGUGGGCCAAGGCAGAGAAAAGAACCUUCCUGCGACAAGCUCUGGAGGCUCGACUGAUCUCGCUGUAUUUUGAUACCGAAAGGUAUCAGGAGGCCUUGGCUCUCGGCUCUCAGCUGCUCCAGGAGCUGAAAAAGAUGGACGACAAAGCUCUCCUCGUGGAGGUGCAGCUGCUGGAAAGUAAGACGUACCACGCUCUCAGUAACCUGCCCAAGGCCCGCGCCGCCCUCACCUCGGCCCGGACCACCGCCAACGCCAUCUACUGCCCACCAAAGCUCCAGGCAGCUCUGGACAUGCAGUCAGGGAUCAUCCACGCAGCGGAGGAGAAGGACUGGAAGACGGCCUACUCCUACUUCUUCGAGGCUUUUGAAGGUUACGACUCCAUCGACAGUCCCAGAGCCAUCACGGCACUCAAAUACAUGCUCCUGUGCAAAAUCGUGCUCAGUUCUCCAGAGGAGGUACAGGCUCUGAUCAGCGGUAAACUGGCGCUGCGAUACGCCGGCCGACAGACAGAUGCUCUGAAAUGUGUUGCCCAGGCCAGCAAGAACAGAUCGUUAGCAGACUUUGAAAAGGCCCUCACAGAGUACAAAGCAGAACUGAGGAACGAUCCGAUCAUUAACACUCACCUGGCCAAACUGUACGACAACCUGCUGGAGCAGAACCUCAUCAGGGUCAUCGAACCCUUUUCCAGAGUGCAGAUAAAACACAUAUCAGAUCUAAUCAAACUAUCCAAGAACGAAGUGGAGAGGAAAUUAUCACAGAUGAUUCUGGACAAAAAGUUUCACGGAAUCCUCGACCAGGGAGAAGGCGUUUUAAUCAUAUUCGAAGAGCCCCCGGCGGACAAAACGUACGAAGCAGCUUUGGAAACGAUUCAGAACAUGAGCAAAGUGGUGGACUCGCUUUACAACAAAGCCAAGAAGCUGACAUAGAGCAGAACUCCGCAGCUGUGAGAUGGAGAAAACGUGUGUUUUGACCAGCAUGUGUAUCAUUUUUAAAGUCGGGGAGGAGCGAUGCGGGGGAGAGCAACAAGCUGAACUCUCCCAUCCCACUUCCCUCCCUAAAUGGACUGUCUCAUUACUUCUACUGUUUAUUUCCUUUUUAUCUUUGUUUUUAUAUCUCUUCAGGAUUCUGUAAAAACACUCAGCGGCCAAAUCAGGCCAUCAGGGAAUAUAUUACAACCACACUGACAGUAAGAAUAUUAGGUUUAGGGACACGUAUGAGUUUCUAUCUGCUCCGUCUGCGGACUCCACUGCAACCUCAAAUGUGCAACGUCAACCUCUGUGGCCUCGCGCUCUGCCCCCAGCAGUAGCGAGGCUUCCCCCUUCACAUCGUUCAGAAGCAAACUGUUCCGAUUUUGGAAGGCUUGGAUACUUUUUUGUGAUGUUUAAUUUUGGUCACUAACCCCUCCGUCAUGAUGCCAACCGUUGACUCCCCCUCUGUAUUUCAGACACGUGUUAAAACGAUUUGUUUCUGGUUUUAGUGCUUUUUGUUUUUAGGGAAAAAUAAGAAGAUUGCCACAGCCCCCCCCCCCCCCUGCUUUUUGUAAAUUUAUAGACUGUAUGCCAUUUCACCACUAGUGCCACGUUUUUGGCGCUUGAGUUUGCCUCGGUGUUUGGGUGCGAUGUGAAACCGCGGGAGGUGGAGGCGUUUUUCGUUGCCUCUGAGCGUCUGAGUUUUCCCGAGUGAACACUUCUUCAUUGGUAGUUCCUAGCACUAGCGUGGUAUGCUAGUAACCAAACAAUUUGUAUGAGUUUGAUUUGGUUUUGAUUUAUUUUUCUCUUUAAAUGAAAAGUACAUUUUCAAAAAUAAAUAUUUUGUAUUUUAAAGAUUUUGUGUCAUCUCUGAUGAGAUAACCUGAGUGUUUAAAAAGUGUUGAUUCUAAUUGGAAUAACAAAAAGGAGAUUA